GUCGACGACUGAAUUCACGGAUUAGCGCCAAUUCGUAAAAGUCGUAGCUAUGAUUCUAUCCCAAUUGAACAUUUAUGUAAUUAACGAAGCGCAAUAAAAUAGUGGAAAGCACCAAUUAAGUGAGUUGAAUCAACGCGAGAUCGAGAGAGAGAGAGAGAGAGAGAGUGAAAUUCCCAAAACAAUCCGAGAACAGAGCACACACAUUUUUUUGGGUGCUGCUGCUAAAAUCAAUUGGUGUUGCGUGUGUACACAACGAAAAUCGUUCAAAAUUUUGACGCGAGAACCUGAGAUUUUUUUUAGUUCGCCGUGGGACUGUGCGUAUAUAUAUAUGCUGUAACACAAUUUGGCACAGUUUUGGUGAGAGACUGUCAGAGAUUCAUUCAAGGGAGUGAAAACACAGGCGAUCGAAACAAAGUCGCAAAUCAAAGUACCUCAAGAAACAUACUUACCACAUUUUUUGCAACAGUUGAUUUGCCCAGUGAUGACUAUCGACAAAAAUGGGCCCGAUGAAAUUCCUGCCAAUGAAAAAGAUGAAUCGCCUAACAGCAAGGAAAUCACAGAAAAGAUUACCGUGCAUUUUAUGCUGGGAUUUCGUGAAAUAUGCAGUGUAACAGCCGCAUUGCCAAUGGUAACGCUAUUUAUUUGCUUCGUGAGUGCCGUUGUCUUCCAGUUCGAUGAUGUACAUGAAACACAUUGCCGGGUUUUCAAUUUUAUUCCAUCGAUAAGCGCCAUAACGGGCAUCAGUCCAAAUAUCUAUUUUUGGCGAAUAAGCAUUGCAUUGCAUGUAGGACCGCGAUUUAUAAUUGCCAUUUGUUACAAAAGCUAUUACGAGCAUAUGUUGUGCCAUGUCAAGAAUCCAAUAGUCCACGGUAAAGGUACGUUGUACAUGAAUCUGGCGUUCUGGUUACACAUCAUCGAAAUCACCUCGCUGUGCGGUGUCACGUACAUUUCCAACCGAGAGAACUACACUCUGCAUGAACAAGUGUUCAUUGUGUUUAUGGUUUGUUCGUUGUGUCACAUGCUGAUCGUAAUAAAACUAUGUCAAUUAUUGAAACACGAAAUCGAUGUACAGCGAUUGCCCCAUUUGAUUUUGAUCGACGAGGAGAAAUCCAUCAAAUUCAAGAAGAUCCUGUUCAAUAUAUCGAUCAUAUCGACCAUUGGUUUGGCUGUGUUUUUCUUCAAGCAUCGAGUUUACUGCCACGAUUUGGCAUUCAGUGCGUUCGCAUUCUGUGAGUACAUCAUUGCCGUGUGCAAUUUGGCAUUUCAUUGCACCACCAUGCUCGACUUUCCCUCGGAGUAUCUCAUGAUCGCACGGCGCACCACAAAACUCAAACUAAAACACCCAACCGGUUGGAAAUUGGAUUAGAUACAAUAAUGUAAUGGCUCAAUAUCGAUGAUGCACGACCCGAUCUCCGAUGGCCGAUGAUUAGUGACAGCGGCGACGGCGAUGGCGAUGGCGACAGCAGCAAAAUCUCGCCAUAACAAUGCACGUUUCGGAUGGCAUGUUUUUAAAAUCUGAAUUUGGACGAAAAGACGUGACCCAUUUAAUUUGUUUUCUUUCUAUUUAAUCCACAACACCAAUUGCCCUACUUGGCCAACCAAGUUACCUGCACGAACCCACACAUUCAUGGCAGAGGUGACGAAUUGAUUACCUCAGUAUCACUCACCUCAGUACUCACAGUUUUUUUUUCUCUUUAUGGGGUAUGAAAUGAAUCUGUAUCGCAAACGGUUAUCAGAGGGGGCUAUAUUCAUUUCGAUUCCUGAUUUUUUUAUUCAAUGGAAAUCAUUAAUUCCGAAGUCGUUCAUUUUGAUCAGUCCGGCGAAUGAAUGAUUGAGAUCCGUGAACGUUUCAUAAAUUGUGAGUCAACCAUGUUCACCGAUCUUUGUAAAAUGUCAGUGAGAAUAAGGUCUAGCGUUCACCAGUAUUACACCUAUAACCUUAUAAACAAAUAACAAACAAACAAAAAAUUAAUUAAUUCUAGUCCUUUGAAUUUCUAGUCAAAUUAGUAGUGAAAACAAAAAAUGAAAUCAAAAACCAACCACACAAAUACCAAAGUCUUUUACAACAAAGAAAAACAAUUGGAAUAUUAAUUUUAAGAACAAAUCGUGUGAAACCACUUGCAUUUAGUUGAAUUUAAUGAAAUGAGAAUGAAAUUAGAAUUUAAGUAGAAAAAAAGAAGAAGAGAGCUAGAAAUUGGAACUAUUUUUCUUGACACUCUACAAUGCAGAGAGAACACACACACACACAAGAAAAGAAAAAAAAAGAAAAGAAAGAAUGAAAUUACUAUGAGCUGCCGUGAUGAUAUGAGCCCUGUCAACAGUCACCUGAUUGACUGUUUUGGGUCAAGAACUUUACUUUUUUCUUCCAAAGAGCACCAUAUUUUUCUUCGAAGCCUUCAUCAAAACUUUUAUUGAUUCAAAAGUAAAAAAGAAACUGAGUCUAUUUGAAAUGGAAUUUUUGAGAACUGUUUUUAACGAUGAAAAAAAAUGAAUAUGAAAAAAACUCUGGUUUAGAUUGAA